AUGGACCAAACCCACACUGAACAUCAGCACCAUGACUUCGUCACGGACUACUUUUCUCUUCGAGGUCCUCGGGUGACCCCUGAGUUCGAAUUUGCGAUACAAAUGUCUCUUUUUCUUAAAGAUAUCGAGUGCGCUCUAGAUGACAUGCUAUUCAGCUUAGAUCUUGGAAAUGGUGAAACGCCAUCUGCGAUCGUGAAAACCCCUCGUCCGAUCAAUCUUGUUGACGUCUUCUCUCAUGGAUAUCUGUUCAUAACGGGGGAGGAAACUCCGGAGGAUCUUGCCAUCAUCGAUUACGGCUCUUUUCACGAACUUUACUUUGUCCAACCAUGCUUCGGAGGCGCUGAUCCUCCGCACUCCUUAGAUGAGUGGGAGAUUGAUCCAUAUGAUUUAGGAGGAGCGUAUUCCUCUCAGGACGAAGAGUCGCUGGACACCGGAGAUGUCAUCCCUUCAUCUUCGCCCAAUUCAGUCGCUCUAGAUUUCGUCGGGGGAUGCCAUGCUAUCCAUUCACCUCCAACAGGGUCUGCAGGUGCAUCAUCUCCAUUGGAAUCCAAUGGUGAAAUUACUCCAAAUCUUGAUGUGCAGUACGCUGACAACAUUGGUCACGCAGCGGAUCGCUCCGUUUCCUUCUUGUCAACAUCCCUCAGCGCGACGUCUUCUCUCUUCAGCUCUCAGUACCACUCUAACUAUUCUCUCAGUUCUGGCACAUCUACAUAUUCUCCACAAGCUUACACUAUCGCAGGGUUAGAGAAAAGCAUGUCAGGUUUAUCUAUUGGAGGCUCCUACGAUUUCUGUCUUGCUCGACCUGAAGUUCUGGGUGAUUUGGAGUCUCCGGCGUGCGGUGACAUAAACAAUAUUGAUAUGUCGGUGGAUAUGCACGAAAUCUCUGACGCACUCACUGGGAGGGAUGACAACAUUUCUCAUAUCUCAAGCUCUCCAGACAUUGGCGCUCAUCACCAUACCCAGAAUAAUCCUUUUCUUGGUGCUUCAAUGUCUGCUCAAUUUUCAGGGCACGGUGAUAAAAGUAGUAUUUAUAUGUCCGUGGAUAGGCAUGAGGUCUGCAACUCACCUGCUGACAACGGCGACAACGAUUCUCUUAUCUUAAGAUCCCCAGACACUGGCGCGCAGGAUGUCCGGAACAAUGGCUUCCUUAUUGCUUCUGUGUCUGCCCAAACGGACUGUCUUGGGGCGUCUAAAGCAUAUCACCUCGCUUCUCAAUCGUCGUCGAAGAUCCUAUUUGGAGACAGUCCCAACCCGCCUCCUGGAGCUUCUAUUACUAGCUCAACCAUCCCUUCUGCGCAACCCGCCCGAAUGGUCAAGCCGUUAGCCAAACGCCCGCGUUUCUCAUCGAAAGAUUCGGGCCUGCUCUUAGAGUUGCAAUCCCCAUGUUUCGAUGCCAUUUAUCAUUAG